UCCUCCUUAUCUGCUCGCAUCACCAUCAUCUUAUUCUCGGUUCUAUUCACCUACACCAACAAAUUAAACAUGCAACCAAAUAUGCAGCUUUAUUGGGAAUUUCUGUUCAAUUUGAUUCUUAUAAUUUCUGUAAUGGAUCGAAGCUUCAAUCCCUCCAAUCUUUUUCAAUUGUUUCUUUAAUCAGAAAGAUCAUUAGAGCCUCGUGUUGAGUUCAAGGGAAGGAUUAAAGUACUGAUUUGCAACUUAAAAGUUUUGGAAAGGAGGAAACAAUUCUGUGAAGACCAAAAGCCACCGAUAUUUCAAUCUUCUCUUUUAUAAAAUUUGCUGAGGUACCUUAGUUCGAACUUAGAGGAGCCGAUCUAGGAGUUAGACGAGGCAGCACAUAGCCUUCCUUGUUCAACGUUCAUGGUUCAUUGAUCGAGUUCACCUCCGAGGAGUCAUUUGUUUGCUCGAUGGUAUAAUUGUUUUCUUUGAUCUCCGAAAUGUUAUAAGAUAUUUGUUGGGUUGCAUUCUUGUUUUUGAGACUUAAGUUCUAUUUUCUUAUAUCCUUAAAGUCUCAUGCCACCUUCUGUAAAUUUGAAAUGGGUUAUUUGUUUGUAAAUUAUCAACUCAUUUCUAUCUACGUUGUUCAAGCUAUUUAAUUCUUUCCUUUCAGCCUUCGGGGUUCGGGUUAGUAAGUGGUUAACACGUCUAUUUGACAUGUUGGUUAUUUGCUAAUUCGGAUUCACGGCGGUUAUUGCCAUGUUUCGGGUCCUGAAACGGUCCCAGGAUGUGACAUGUAUGACUCUGAGUACUAUUACUGUUCAAAGAUGAUUGUCUUUUGUUGAUAUUUCCUAUAUACUAUUUCCCAAUGCACUGUUCAUCGGCUAAUGAACAGUGCGGCUCCGAGCCGAGCCAAUGAUAAAAACAUAUAUUUGCUGCCUUUCAUCCUUAUCUUCGUUUCCAGCACCUCUUCUUCUUUCUCUCCCACCAGCCGAUCAUCAUACGUAUCUUUCUCCCGUAAAUUUUAUGUACUUUCUGGAUUUCUUCCUCAAGCAUUGGCAGUCGUUCGUACCCUCGGAAGAUCUACCACUUAACCUCUCAUCCAGUCUUCAUAGAAAAUUCCUCACAGUCAGCCGAGAUCUGGGCGACUUCCGGCUUCUCAAUUUAUAUCUUACCAAGUGUUGACAACUGAUGGAGCCAACUCCGAUCAGAAAUUUAGUACCCUUUCAAUUUAACUUCAGAAUAAGGGUCCGGGCAUCAAGAGUGUGGCGACCAAGGAAAUUCAAUAGCAAAGAUUACGAUGGCUUGCACUAUGUGUUGGUCGAUCAAAUGGGAGAUGGAAUCCAUGGUAUGAUAGUUGAAAACGUCUGCGCUCGCGUUCAUAAUAGGAUGGAGGAAGGACAAAUAUAUGAUGUUUUCUGUUUUUCGACCCAAAGGGAUGCUGCUAGAUACAAGGUCAUGCAGCAUGGAACAAUACUGUUAUUCAAUGCAAGAACACAAUUAGUUAUAGUUCCAGAGACUUUCCCACCAAUUCCACAACACUCAUUCCACCUGCUUGAAUACAGUCAGUUGGAAGAAGAAGUAGACCACCAAGAAGUCCUUGCAGAUAUCUAUGGUUGCAUAAAAGAAGUCAUACCCGAACGUUCGAUAUAUGUGAAGUCUGAAAAGAAAGUCGAAUCAAUCUGUGAGAUUGACAUACAGAACCUGAGGAGGGAGGAGCUUAGAAUCACCCUUUGGGGGGAUCCUGCUAGGUCAUUUCCUCUAGGAUUUGUACAGAACUCCGGGACACCGGUAUUUGCUGUGUUCACCAGCCUAAGGCUGUCAAAAUUUAAAGAUCACAUCAAGGCAUCAAGCACCAACCACACAUGCAUCAUCAUAAACCCAGUUGUUCCAGAGAGAGAGCAUUAUGAGCAUGAAUUUACUAGACCUGGAGAUAUGGCAAGAAUCAUCCCAAUACCGGUUAGGUAUCAGCAAAAUGAAGAACAAAGGCAACAUAUUCAAAUGUCAUUGUCUGAACUGAACGCUUUGAACCCGGAGGCAUAUGUGAGAGACACAGUUUUAUGUGCUGCUAACAUUAUCGCAUUCGACAACACCCUUUGGUGGUAUAAAGGUUGUCCGAAAUCCAACUGUCUCAAACAACUAAAGAAGAGAGAGGAAGAUGGGGGGUACAUGUGUGCAGCGCACACCGACGAGGUUCAUGAACCACUUCCAUGCUACAUGAUUCGGAUGACAGUUGAUGACGGGGACAACGAAGCAACGAUGACUGUAUUAGGAAAACAAGCAGAGCAACUGUUCAAUGCAACUUGCCAAGACCUGUUGAGCAAGAGAUUUUAUGCAACUGAAACUGAUUUGCCAGAAGAGAUAACACAAACAAUAGGUCAAAACCACAUUUUUGAGAUCAAGGUCAAUUUCAACCGUGAAUUAGUGGUGAAAGCUGUGCUUCCAAACCCCCAGGCCGUCCUAAACCCAACAGAUGAACUACCAAUUCCUAUUACGGCACCAGAUGAUACCCAUUGGGCAAGGAAAAGAGGAAGAGAGACAAGUGAAACAACCCUGUUUUCAUCAGAGGCUGGCAAAAAAACCAAAAGGGAAGGAGACCAUGGAGCAUCAUCAUCAUCUACUGGUCGUAAGUUAGGCAAAGAGAAGAUGAACUAGAUGUUUCAUCUCUUUUUUUCGUAGGCUAACAUCUUCUCCACAGCUGCAACUAGCUACUGAUCAAUACCUUUUGUGUGAUGCACACCUCACCCAUAGUAGGAGCCUUUUGUUGUAGCAGCUCCUCAUCCAACUCCAAUAUGCAGCUGUUUUCCUAAUGUAUAUAAAUGUAUAUAUGUAUGACAAGAAAGUCUAAUGAAGAUGUAGCCAGAAAUUACUAAUGUAAGGUGUGAGUGCAACUAGAAAUAAAUAAAGCAGAUCGUUAUGUAAAA